ACUCAGAAGGAAAGGCAUAACCUCGUUCUUCUCUCAAUCCAAGUGCUGUAUUUUCCCAGGUAUACCAUAGCAGCCUUCCUUCGUUUUUGACAAAAGAGCAGAGAAAUUCACUAACUGACAACUCCAAUCACAAACCCACAACCGAUCCAAUGUCAGAGGACGAGGCAGCCCCAACGGUUCUUGAUCUAACGAGUUACCAGCUUCACGAUCUCAACUCAUUGGAGCUUCCUCCGAGUCUCAUCGAGUUAGACUUAACAACGAACCGUUUGUCCGCUUUAGACCCCCGUAUUGCCCAACUCCCUAACCUCAAGAAGCUCUCUCUUCGUCAAAACCUUCUUACCGAUACCGCCGUUGAGCCUCUUUCCUCUUCCCACGUCAUUUCUGACAUCGAGGAGAUAGUGCUUAGGGACAAUCAGCUGAAGAAAAUUCCCGAUGUUGAGAUAUUCAAGAAGCUUCUGGUAUUUGAUGUUUCUUUCAAUGAGAUAUCAUCACUUAAUGGAUUGUCCAAGGUCUCCAGUACACUCAGAGAACUAUACGUGUCUAAAAAUGAACUCACCAAGAUGGAGGAGAUUGUGCAUUUCCAUGAGCUGCAAAUACUCGAACUUGGGUCCAAUAGAUUACGGGUUAUGGAGCUUCUGGAAAAUUUGAAAAAUCUACAAGAGCUAUGGCUUGGUCGUAAUCGUAUACGAACUGUUAAUUUGUGCGGUUUGAAAUGCAUUAAAAAGAUUAGCCUGCAGAGCAACCGUUUAACUUCCAUGAUUGGGUUUCAGGAAUGUGUUGCCCUUGAAGAGUUAUACUUGAGCCAUAAUGGUAUUGAAAAAAUGGAAGGUUUGUCUACCUUGGUAAACCUGCGGGUUUUGGAUGUAUCAGCAAAUAAGCUUACAGAAAUUAAUGACAUUGAGAACUUGACAAAAUUAGAAGACUUAUGGCUUAAUGACAACAAUAUAGCAUCAUUGGUAGGUCUGGCAGAAGCUGUUGCUGGUGCUAAAGAGAAGCUAACAACCAUCUACCUUGAGCGAAAUCCCUGUGCACAAUCUCCGAACUAUACAAGUUCUUUGAGACAAAUAUUCCCAAAUAUCGAGCAAAUUGAUUCUGAAGUGUAUGCAUAGGUGUUUUGAUGUGGAUCUUAUGCCCAAUUACUGAUCUGGCGAUGACAUUUGCUUAUCGGUUGUCUUUGAAAAAAUUUACUUUUUUUUGGGACCUCGGACCACAAAAGGGUUCAAAAUGUUGUUCUUUUUUCUCCAAAUUGGAAAUGUGAUCCUUCUCUCCACUUUUUAGUGUUUGUGUUUUGAACUAAAAGCAUCUAAACUGGUAGUAUCAACUGAAGAAAAAACGAGCAAAACAAGUGUAAAUUCUGGAUAUCCAAGUGUAAAGUUUUUAUGAAACCCUGCAGACCAGCUA